GGGAAACCAGAUAUAGUGAAUGCAGGGUCCGGGAAGAGCGGAUAUAGUGAAUGCAGGGUCCGGGGAGACCAGAUAUAGUGAAUGCAGGGUCCGGGGAGACCAGAUAUAGUGAAUGCAGGGUCUGGGGAGACGAGAUAUAUAGUGAAUGCAUGAGUGGAUAUAGUGAAUGCAGAGUUCGGGGAGACUGGAUAUAGUGAAUGCAUGGUCCGGGGAGACUGGAUAUAGUGAAUGCAUGGUCCGGGGAGACCGGAUAUAGUGAAUGCAGGGUCCGGGGAGACU